UUUGGCCUUGUCCUCUGCCUUUCCCCCACCAACCACCCUCACAGCUCUUUUUUGGUUGUUGCCUCCUACCUUAGCCACCAACCGUCUGUCCGCGCUAACGGCUCGUUCUUCGCAUCUCCCGUCAGCUAGCUUUCUAGCUCGUUUUGAUACCUUGUGAGGUAUUCAGCCAUGGCUACCUUCGCAGAAGCCCCGGCUGGUAACCCCGACGUCGGAGCUAAGAUUUUCAAGACCAAGUGCGCUCAGUGCCACGUGGCAGAGAAGGGUGGUGGACACAAGCAAGGCCCAAAUCUGGCUGGGCUUUUCGGCAGGCAGUCUGGAACCAUCGAGGGUUAUUCGUACUCGAAUGCCAAUAAGAACGCUGCAGUUCUUUGGAGCGAGGAGACCCUUUACGACUACCUCUUGAACCCUAAGAAGUACAUUCCCGGCACCAAGAUGGUCUUCCCAGGUCUCAAGAAGCCUCAGGAGAGAGCGGAUCUGAUCGCCUUCUUGAAGCAAGCUACAGCUUGAAGGGUGAACUAGGUCACUUUGUACUCUCGUCCAUUCAACGAUAGAUUGACUUGAUCAACAUCACGGAGCUUCAAUGGGAAUUUCGUCAACAAAGAGCCAGCCCGUUACAGGCUCUCACGACAGAGGGUCCAAGCAUUCAGUAUCCCAGUCAACGUGUCCUUCAUUUACCGUUUCUGGCUAGCCUAUUCCUUGGGUAAGGUUUAACUCGGCCAAUCAUAUGAAUCAACCAGCAACAAGUGUGCUUCGUGGCAACGCAACUGUACAAAUGGCAUCAUCCCUUUCCGAAUUCUUUAGAUUGGUCGACAGCCAAGACCAGAACUAGAUGCCUGGGGUGCGAUGGGAGUGCAAACCAUU